AUGUUGAGGGAGCUUCAUGAUGGUCACAUGGGCGUGGUUAAAAUGAAGGCCCUGGCCCGCUCAUACAUCUGGUGGCCAGGCAUGAACGCCGAGAUUGAUAAAAUCACGAAGUCUUGCGAGGCUUGUCUCAAGUAUAAUGACAGUCCGCCUAAAUCAAAAUUGCACAUUUGGGACUGGCCAGACGCCCCUAACGUUCAUUUGCAUGCAGACUUCUUAGGUCCACUGGACGGGAAGAUGUACUUGAUUGUCGUGGAUGCUCACUCAAAGUGGGUAAACGUCAAGCUUAUGCGCGACAUCACAUCGAAGUCAACAAUCGACGCCUUCAGGGAGUAUUUUGCAGAUUGGGGCCUACCCGUUAAGCUAAACAAUGGAAUUCUUCAUGCAACGUCGUCGCCUAAUCACCCUGGAAGCAACGGGGCAUCCGAAAAUGCUGUGAAGACAUUUAAGAAAAAAUUUAAGUCGUUCAGAGGUGAAGACAGGUCGCUCAAAGAGUCAUUGUCUAAGUACCUGUUCCAUGUGAGAUCAACACCCCAUGUCACAACUGGAGUGUCUCCAGCGGAGCUUCAAUUGGGCCGUAAAAUGCGGACUCGUUGGGACCUUCUGAGGGAGUCGUCACGUAAGAAGGUUCAACGGAGCCAAAAAGCUCAGGAAAAAUUUUUUCAUGGAACUAGGAACAUUGCAUUCGAAGAUAACGGAAUAGUCAUGAACGAAGACUACAGGAACAGCAGUUAG